CGAUUACACUCACAAGCAUCAACGAAUUGCGACGCAUGAGACGUUUUCCAUCUGGCAGCGACACAGUUUUAAAACCGAAAGUGCCGAUUUCGUGGACUCGGGCAGAUUUUUGAAGCCGAGAUGUUGGGAUCCCUGACCCUUUUCCUCCUGCUGUCCUCGGCGUCCGGGCAAUUACUGUGCCCGGAGCCAGCACCGGAGGACAUAGCACCCUGCACCUGCACCUACGAAGGAUCCCCCGACUUCAUCGUGGUGGACUGCUCCGACGCCAACGAUGAUGAGCAGACUGCUGCCCUUAACGACGUAUUUUGGCCCAUCACGGAGAUCACGGAAUUCCGCCUGCUGGGCAACAUCGGCCUGACCUCCCUCCCCGAGGGCCACUUCGGCAACCUCACCUUCGAAUCCAUCCGCAUGGAGUACACCUCCAUCGCCUCGGUCCACCCCCAAGGCAUCCUCCAGUCCGCAUCCCGCCUGACCUCGCUCCAGCUGACCUCCAGCGUCCUCGAGGAAUUCCCGUUCGAGAUGCUCCCCGACCUGCCGGUUCUGAAGCGUCUCGACCUGGGGCACGACCGGUUGCCCUCGGUCCCGGCCAUCACCAGCCCCAGCCUCGAGUACCUCCGCCUUCGUUACAAUCGACUGUCGACUCUCGAAACUGGAUGGAACACGCCCAACCUGAAGACGCUCGACCUCGGUGGGAAUUACAUCUCGGCCCUACCUUCCGGGUUUUUCGACUCUCUGGGGUCAUUGGAGGAAUUUUGGUGCGACUCGUGCGACCUGGGACCGAACGUGACGGCUGGGUCGUUCCGAUUUCAGGGUCUGGCGGCAGAAACGAACGUGUCACUGGCGCUCAACGAGAUCGUUCACCUGCCGGAAGACGCAUUCAGGUCCAUACUGGAAGACCUUUCGAACGGAGAUGGAGUUCUCUACUUGGCCAGUCGUCGAAUUGGCUAUGAAGCCUUUCCUAUGGUGUCUGAAACAGGAAAUCCCAUCGUGUGCGACUGCAGCCUGAAGUGGCUCGUCACGGAAGCGAGCCUCCUCGCCAGCGUCGAGGGGGAAUGCCAGGACGGGACGCAGCUGCAAGAUCUGAAUCCGGAGAUUUGGGGGAGCAUCUGUCCCUUCGAGGAGGCUUCUCCUCCCUCUGGCUGA